UGUAGAUGGCAGCACUGUGAUCAGCUCACGUGGAUCCCGAACAGAAGAAGAUAAAGAUCGAAGGCGGUUGAAGAACAAGUGAUCAGCGUACAGAGCCUAGUUCCAAAGUACUGGCGAAACGAUGUGCAUUUGCGAGACUUCUUGCGAGGUCACCACGCUGGCCCUCUUUUGCCUCAUGCGCAAUGGGCUUGCCACUUUGCUUUUAUUCUCCGUAGUAAAAACACACCACGACAUUGAUGACAUCAUAGAUCUAGUCGUGUAUGGCGGAUCUGCGGUGCUCUCCCUGAUCCUCCUCAUGGGCGUCCAGAGCGGCAGCAAGAAGUUGGUGAACCUAUUCGUACUUGGUGCGAUGCUACGAGUAUUGAGCUUUUGCCUCCAGAUUGGAUACUUAACGUUUCAGUUUCUUCAAGGCAUGCUUGGGAAAUUGUCAGCCAAAGACAAGGAGGGACCCACGAUUCAACAGUCAUUCGUCAUCUACCGAAUACGUGUCUUCGCCGACAGGAUGACCGACAAGGGGGGGAAAGCACCGGCGGAGUAAUCACUGCGGCCGAAGAACAACGGUGCAAGGUUGCCUUGGGACUGUGGCAGCCAGUUGCGCCUUGCAAUGUAGCAGUUAGCAAUUCUCACAAAUUUGUGUAACAUUAUCGCACUGUAAAAAUAAAA